AUGGAAACCCCGGAAAUUUGCACUUCGAUGGUGGGAAGCUCCCAGCUGGCGUCGCCUGUGCAUUACUUUGAUUCUGUAAGUGAAAUUACGCGAACUUUACACAGUACCAGAAAUUGAUGUCCUCAGUUGUAUUGCCGCAAUCAUCACCACUUUCGUUCUCCUUCAGUAUUGUUUCACUCUAACAGUUGACAAAGCCUUCCCUGACACCACCUCUCCAUGGGCAAUGGGAUUUGGAACGUACAACGCAGAUGCGACACUUCCUGGUUUGGGAGGGGGGGGCCUAUGAUAAUGCCAGACCCGACAAAAAUUCCUUCUCGUCGAGUACCAUCUUGAUGAAUCUCGUGUCGAUCGCAAAUUUACCGCAAGUCAUUGUAUCUUGUCUUUACUUUGCGUACAACACCGUCUACACGUGUAUGGUCUCAUCCGAUGAGUGGAGUCGAUUUUCGACCCAUCAAAAAGCACUUCGUACAACCAUGCCUAAAGGACAACAAAGAUCGACUUACUGGCUGAGUUUACCCUGGACAUUCGCGCUUCCUCUUUCCGCUGCGAGCGCAACUUUGCACUAUUUAAUUUCACAAUCCCUAUUUAUUGCGCGGACGGAGAUUCUCGAUACGAAUGGGGAACUAGAAAAGCCUUCUUUUAUACAACUUGCGUAUCCGCCUCUUGCUUGGUUGGUCGCUGGUUCUUUUGGGACUAUGAUGGUGGUUGUCAUGGUAUUGACUGGGUUUCGGAAGUUGAAGCCUUGUGUGCUGGUUGCUAAUAAUAGUUUGGCUAUAGCUGCUGCUUGUCAUAAUACGGUAGGAGAUGAGGGAGCUGAAUUGAGGAAGGUCGGAUGGGGAGCAGUGAAGCAUGAUGAUGAUGGCUCUCCUGGUCAUUGUACGUUUACGAGUAGAGAGGUGGAAACACCACGUGAGGGGGCUUUGUAUAUAUAG